ACCCAAAAGAGGAGCAGAAGGUGGAUUUUUUCAUGGAUUUGAACGGCAUGGAACAAGCAAACCUGAAUGCUAAGGAAUGUAACCCUCAUAAGGAACUAAUUGGUGCCCCAACUGAGAGAACCCAACAUGCUGAUAACAUUGGAACAGAGUCUGAACCUCACUGGAUGGAGUCCUCUUGUGCUUUCCCUAUGCAAUUAGCCUACAUGCCUGAAGAUAAAUGGAUGAUGGAGGAUCCGGAGAAUUUUCAAGACAACUUGCUGCAUUCAAGCUGCACAGCAGAGGGUGCUGUUGCUCAGGAAAUGGCAGACAGAGAUGUCAGCAUGUCGUUCCCUCCAGUUAUGAACAGCGCUGACCUGCAGGCCCCUUCGCCAGUCAGAGCCACUGCUGGUCCUGAGUUAUGCAGCUUCGUAGCUGAUGCAUGCGCUCCCUUUGGUUCUUCAAGCAACUGUCCCUGUUGCUCUGACCACUGUCCAGUCAGCGCUGCAGCACACCUACACCUCCUGGGAGAGUCCAUGUCUCUCAUUGGCAGCCAUCUUGAAGAGACUAAUAAACGUGUGUGCAUGUCUGGCAGCCUCUCUCUGUUCUUGGACUCUUUGCUGUGUGCUCUGGCUCCUCUAAUGUGCCUCACAACACAGAUACCUGAGCUGACUAGCUGCACAGAGCACACACUGGUCUCCACUCUGGAAAAUGUUGCUUAUAUGAUGCCUGGGCUUUAGAUGAAGGUGGAAGACUCAAUCCAUUCUUCACCAAGAUGAUCCAUGGAUAGAUGUGUAUUUUUUUUAUUUAUUUUGAAAUGUAUUAAUGCAGUUAUUUAAGUUUAGUAUCGACACUUAUUGCAUUGUUUUUGUUGUGUGACUAAAUGAUUUGUCUGGGCAUGAAGUGGUGUAGGUGUUUUCCAUUUGAGAAGUCACAAGGAGAUCCUGUUUCACUGGGAAAAGGAUGUGCUGAGUUCACAUCCUGGUUCAGGUUUAAAAAUUAACCCACCCUAUUCUUAUGAUUAAAAUUAAUUUAUUGAAUCGUUGUGGAUAAUGUGUAAAUAAAAUAAAAUAAAAUGUUAUUCAAACAAUAUGCAAAUUAUCUGACACAUAAUUGGCAUCUUUAAAAUUGGACCAGGUGUGAGUAAACAUUUUCAGAAUUUCCAACAAGACUCUUUUAAACUAGGACAUACAGCCAGCCAUAUUUGUUAGCACACCAGUAAAGAUGGGUAUGAAUUCUUAAAUUAUUCUUGAGGCAUAACCUUACACUCAAAAUAUUGAACAUUUAUUUCUUCAUUGGAAGAAAUGGAUAACUCUUUUUGAGCUACUCAAGUGUAGACUAAAUUUUUGAUUUUUUCUUUUUUUAAUUCUGUGAUUACACUACUGCAGGAUGACACUUUUUUUAAAGACUUUUUGAACAUUAACAGUGGCUAGAUUUUGGAGCUUACUAAAUUUCUUCUUGUUGGACUAACUUUAUUUUUUUCAUUUAAAAUUAACUUUUAAGUUCAUUUUGGUCUGCAUGUCAUUCAACAUGAUUCAUUGAACAACUGUAAAGUCUUUGUCGCACCAAAAAUACUAGAGGCUACUGAAAGCAGUAUGUUUGUAAACUUGUACCUGAAGCAUUUUAGAUGAAUUAUGUAAAACAAAAAUGCAAAGUACUUUUCCAUUACUUCCUUUCUGAUGAAAACAAACAGAAGGUUAUGUUUGAACCACUGUGUCCAUGUGCUGUAAACCUGUCUGGUUUCUGACGUGCCCUCACACCAACCCAUGCAUGGAAACAGAAUAUUUUCUCACAGCUUACAGUUUAUUCUCCAUGGUAACAAUAAAACCCUGAAGGAGAUGUUCUCUGACAGACACCAGCAGUUCUGCUUCUUCGUGGGUGCGGCAGAUAAAACUUAGUGAUUCACAUGUGUAGCAGGUUAUAGCAUCUCUCCACCCCAAGCUGGAAUGCUCUCCGCCCUGCAGACACAGAAACCUGUUGUGCACAAAAAUACACAAAUAAUUGUGUUUGUGCAUGUGUGGUCACAGCUGGGAGUGGUGAGAUGGUAAACUCGCCGGCAGAGAGCACCUCACCUGAGCUGGCAGCUUUUAGUAGACUGCUGGGACGCGACAAGCGCUGAAGCGAACUGUACGGGAAUCUUCAUUUAGGAACGACUGAAGAAAGUGAAACCUUUGUGUGAAUGCAGUUUCGUAGACAUCAAAUACAUGAACAUGAGUGAAUACUUGAGAGAAGGCUUCAAUGGGUCCUCGGCCUCAGACCUACGGCUUCUUCUCUUGGGGAACAUCGGGUGCGGGAAGACUUCGUCAGGGGACACCAUCCUCGGCCAGCUCUCUCCCAGCAAUUCCGACUCCUCCAGGAUCUGCGCACAGCGGCAGGGCGUCACUGAGGGCAGGAGCGUGACCAUUGUGGAGGCGCCAAGAUGGUACUGGGUCGGAUCCAACAUAGAUGACGACAUCAAAAAGGAAACCGAGCGGGCCAUGACCUUGGUAGCACCGGGUCCACACGCUGUUCUGCUGCUGGUGCCCGUUUGCCAGUUCACUGAGAUAGAGGGUAGAGUUCCAGCAGAGCUGGAAAAGUUGUUUGGGACUGAAGUGCUGGAUCACACUCUGGUGUUACUGACAUGUGGAGACUAUUUGAUGGGGAAAUCGGCGGAGGAAUACCUGCAGAGAGAAGACCCAGGCCUGAGGCAGGUCAUCGAUCGCUGCGGAGGAAGGUACCACGUCUUCAACAACCGCCAGCGACAAGACAAACAGCAGGUUCAGGAACUGCUGGAGAAGAUCGAUGACAUGGUCCAAAGAAACGGGGUAUUUUACAUGAAAACAGCCCAAGAGAGGGAGCUGGAGAAACGGGUACUGGAGCGAAAGCGAGAGCUGAUGGAAAGUUUCAAAGCUCAGAAGGAGGAGAAGAAAAAGCCUGUGGUGGUGAAGAGCGACCCAGACACGGGCGUCUCCGGCAGAGGAGAGGAAGCUAUCAGCACUGUGGAGAGGAAAAGAGAAUACAAAGACGAAGUAGAAGGACGAGUAGAUGAGACUCAAGUUUCUAGUGGGCUUUGUUCAUCUCCAGCACCUGAGCAGCCCUCACACUCAGAGCCACAAGAAGACACGCAGUUUACCAGGACACCCAGUUUCAGACUGAAUGCAGAUGGAGCCAAACUCUCACAGAUCUCAGAGGCCAAAUCAAAGCCUAAAUUGAUCUCCACUUUCCAUCACAGAAUCAACAGCUUUGAAGAGAAUUCCCCUGAGACCGUCUCGCCUCCUCAUUCGCCUGUUUUCUCCUUCUCCUCACACUCCACACAAACCUUCGCCGCCUCUCCUUCACCCAUAUCCCAGUCCUCGACACCUCCUUCGUCUCCGUCUCUGCCCUCAUCCACCCCUGAGGUUCGUCUGGUCUUGCUCGGUCUAUCCGGGUCAGGGAAGAGCGCAGCUGGCAACACCAUCCUGGGACAGGCAAUGUUUGAGUCCAAUUCAGAGAGCUUCACAGCAGCCACUCAGAAGUGCGAGAAGAAGAAGGCAAUGGUUGAUGGAAAAAGGGUGUCGGUGGUGGACACACCUGAUUGGUUCAACUCGGAACAGACUCCAGAUGAAGUAAGAGCUCAGAUCUCCUCAUGCAUUGCUCUGUCCAGCCCCGGUCCUCACGCCUUCCUUUUGUGCGUCCCACUGGACCAGCCAGCAAAGACCGAGCUGCAGGCCCUCUCGGCACUUGCGAAGGUUUUUGGCCCAGAGGCAGUGCAGAAGCACACUGUGGUCCUCUUCACAUAUGCAGAUCGACUGAGGGAAAGCGGCAAAGCAGGAGGCAAGAGCGUGGAGGAAUACAUCGCCAGCCAGAGGGGGGAUUUGGUAAAGCUGGUGGAAAAGUGCACAGACAGGUUUCACGUGAUGGAGAAAGGACAAGGUUGGAGGCAGAAAAAGAAUGUGGCAGAGCUGUUAGAGAAGGUGGAGCAGACGGUGAAGGAAGCUGGAGGACAGUGUUAUUCUAGUCCUGCUUUUCAAGAGGUGGAGGACCGAGUGAGGCAGAGACAGCUGGAGAUAGUGAGGGAAAGAAAGGGCAUAAAGCAAGAGACAGCACUACAAGCUGGGCAGCUCAGCACCAUGAGGCAGCCUCUGGCCCAAAUAAAUGAGGAGAUAACAGAGGAUGAGAUUGGGAACACAAGGGAUGAGGCAGAGAUGAGUGUAAGCAACACAAGCAUAGACAGCCUUCCGACUUUUACUCCUUCGACCAUGUCACCCACACUCCUCCGUUCUAUAAUGGAGAAAAUGGAGUCCAGUGGGAAGAUGUUACCCAAACUGUUGGCAAACAGCUCAGCGUGGGUAGGACAGGGAGCGAAACAGGUGAAGGAUAGUCCAGUGUGGGGAAAUGUUGGCAGUGGUGCCCAAAACUUCCAAAAGAUAGUGGUGGACAGUUCUGUGUGGGAAAAGAUGGGAGCUACUGCGGGUCAAAUAUCCAAAGCUGUGCGUAAAAGGGUUCCCCAGAAGUUUGUGGAUGGUUCUGAGUGGGUGGGAUCUGGGGCAAAAGCUGUGACUGCAAGUCCAAUGUGGGAAAAAAUGGGCUCAGGGGCCAAACUGGUCGCCAGUGGCUCAAAGCAUGUCGGAGCUGGGCUCGGAACCGGAGCAAAGAAACUGGCUAAGAGCCCCAUGUGGGGGAAGAUGGGUUCUGGUGCCAAAACUGGAGUUAAACUGGUGGCACAGAGUCCCGUAUGGGGGAAGAUGGGUUCUGAAGUCAAAUCAAGGGCCAAAAUGGUGAAAGAGAGCUCAGUCUGGGGAGAAAUGGGAAAUGCUGCCAAACAGGUGCCGAAGAUGGUCAUCAUUGGUGCAAUCCUGGGUCUGGUUUUUGGUGUGAUUUUGGCAGGCGUGAUUGGUGGGGUUGUCGGGACAGCUGCUGGAUCUGGAGUUAGUGAGGUGGUCCGGCGCAAGUUCAGCAAGAAAAACACAUCAGAUGGAACAAGAAACAGUCAGAUAACAGUGGACAACAGCAUCGAUGGCACAAAACUCAAGAAAACAGAAUAAAGGACUGGACUACUCAUGCUAAAUUUAUGACAAUGGAAAAUUAUCCAUUGGGAUCAUCAUUUUAUGAAAAAUUGCUUCAUCGAUUUUUCUGGCAUCUAUGCUUUUUCUCUUAUUAUAUUUCUGUACAGCUUUGUCCCAAUAUUUGUACAUAGUGAAAUCUGUGCAUUUUGGUAAUUAAAGUAGAUUGAUAUUCAGAUUUUUGUGUACAUAAAAAAAUAUCACACAUUCAUUUAAAAUUAAGUUUACCUAAAAUGACUUGUUGAAAAUAAGUAUCUAAUUUUGAUCUUGACAGAAAUAGAAAACUUUUUUCUUUAUUUUUGUGAGCAAAAUAAAAAUCUUAUAAUUAUUUACAAAAUUUGUACCUUUUCUUCAGAGGCCAAAUAUACAGGAAAAGUACGGUAAUUUCUACUGUCAUACUUAAAAAAGAAAAAGACAUUCUUGGUGCAUUGAUGCUAUGGUUCUCAAUCUGUGGUGCAAGCACCACUGGUGGUUCCUACAGCACUAAUAAAAAUAAUAACAAUGUAUUAUUGCAACUAUGACCAUGUGAUAAACCUCUGGGAGCCAUUUAUGACUUGAAAGUCAUGGCAUUUGGAUUUUCCAUUUAUUUUUCAUAUUUGUAACUUGAAUAUAGAAAUGCAAUGCACCGUCCUUUAACCAAACAUUCAGUAGUCCCGGUACACUGACCCUUACCCUAAACCUAACCAUUACCAGUACACGGAUAACCCUAAAUCUAACCUAAACUCAAUUCACAUGAGUCCUAAACCUACCCGCUAACCUAAAAACAGCACUUCUUCUCAUAGGACCUGAGUUUUGGGUCCCAUAAGGAGAAAUCACGUGUCACAAAAUAGUUUUUGCUGGAAACAUGGGCCUUAUCCCCACGCAAGCCCACGCACACACACAUGCACACAUUAAAAACAAAAAUAGGGGAUUUUAGCAUUUGAGGUGUUUUAGAAUGGCAGCUCUAAUCUUCAGUGUCUGAACAGAAUGCAUGCUUUGCAAACAUGACAGGGCCUUUGCAUAGUGUCAGGA